GUAUAAAAAUCGUCAGAUUUCCUGCAGACGAAACUUGAAGUUACAAUUGUCUGCUAAAAAAAUGAUGCUCAAAGUCGUUCUUGCCUGCCUUUUGGUCUCCGUUACUUGUGCUAAGGAUAUUCGCAUUGAGUUGACCGGAAAUUAUUACUUUAGCACAGAUAUAAAAUCGUGGUAUGAUGCGCGAAUUUUCUGUAGCAACAACAAUCUCGAACUUGCUUCGGUCCAGGAUGAAGCGGAAGCAUCAUUGAUCCAGUCUUUGGCUCCAGCCCAGGGAAUUUACUGGACUUCUGGAACUGACUUGAACAAUCCCAACGGAAACUUUUUCUGGUCGAGUGGUGCUGCAAUCGAGCACAGCAACCCUAUGUGGGCCGCUGGAGAGCCUAACGACUAUCUGACCGCCGGAACCGAAGUUUGCGUUUCGAUUAACACCAAUACUGGCAAAAUUCAAGACAGUCUCUUUUGGGAACAAUACAAGUACAUCUGUGAAUCCGUUUAAUUUGAAGAAAUAAAAUUUUGAUAAAAAAAAAAGAA